AUGACAACACUCUACGUUAACAGCAAAGACGCACCAUUCCCAUUCGGCGUGCUCGCCCUCGCUGCCGUCUCUGGCGUCGAAUACGUAUUCGACGACGAGCAGCGGCAUUCCGUCGAGCUCAUUUCCCCUAUGGGGGAGGUGCGGGGAGUGGAGGAGUCGAUCCGAGCCCUGGCAGACCAAGUAUCUGCUUGGGGAGAAAAGAGCCCGACCGAGGCCUUCCUUGCUCAAGCUGUGGCACUCAGCACGCUUACCGCCUUCGCCGCCGUUACUUCAUCCAUCGACGCACUAGAUGACCGCCUAGCACUUCGUACCUAUCUCUCAGGUCACGAGCCUACAGUAGCGGACUACGCGAUCUGGGGUGCACUGAAGAGGAACAACGUCGUCGCCGGUGUUCUGAAGCGCGGGGCGCACGUACAUCUUGCGCGCUGGAUUGCCCAUUUGGAGGGAUUCGAGCGUGUGCAGAGUGCGCUCGCUGCACUUACUGAGGCACGCUCGAGCAAGAACAAGAGUGCGAAGAAAGCGGCUGCUGCAUCUUCUUUCGCUCUCGGCCUGCCAGACGCCGCGGAGGGCAAAGUUGUAACCCGUUUCCCUCCCGAGCCAUCAGGAUACCUGCAUAUCGGUCAUGCUAAGGCCGCUAUGCUGAACCAGUACUUUGCGCAGAUGUACAAGGGCCGCCUGAUCAUACGAUUCGAUGAUACGAACCCGAGCAAGGAGAAAGAAGAGUUUGAGCAGAGCAUCAUCGAAGACCUCGCCCUGCUCGGAGUGCACGCAGACUUGCUGAGCCAUACGAGUGACUGGUUUGCCAAGCUGUACGAGGAGUGUGUCGAGCUCAUCAAGCGGGGAAAGGCGUAUGCGGACGAUACGGAGCAGGAGCAGAUGAGGUGCGAGCGGACGGAGCGCCUGCCUUCCAAGAGGAGGGACAUGACGCCUGAGGAGACGUUGCAAAAAUUUGAGGAGAUGAAGACCGGCAGCGUGGAGGGCCAGCGCUGGUGCAUUCGCGCCAAGAUUUCAUAUAACGACGAUAACGGUGCACUGCGGGAUCCUGUUAUCUACCGGUGCAACCUCACCCCCCACCACCGGACCGGCAGCCAGUGGAAGGUCUAUCCGACAUACGACUUCGCUUGCCCGAUUGUUGACUGCCUGGAGGGCGUGACCCACGCGCUGAGGACGAACGAGUACCGUGACCGGAACCCGCAGUACCACUGGUUCCUCCAAGCCCUGGGGAUGAGGGACGUCCACGUGUGGGACUUCUCGCGCAUCGCGUUCAUCUACACGUUGUUGAGCAAGAGGAAGCUGCACUGGUUUGUCGACCAAGGGCUUGUUGGAGGGUGGGACGACCCGCGAUUCCCUACCGUGCGCGGGAUUCGGAGGAGGGGGAUGACCGUCGAGGGCUUGAAGCAGUUUAUCCUUGCUCAGGGGCCUAGUCAGAGCCAGCUGCUUCUCGAGUGGGACACGAUUUGGUCGCUAAACAAGAAAGUCAUCGACCCUGUUGCACCGCGCUUCUGGGCGAUCAUGAAGGAUAACGCGGUGAAGGUGACGAUAAGGGGCGCGCCAGGGGUUGAGGUGAAAAAUGUUCCGAAGCAUAAGAAGAACUCUGAGGUGGGGGAGAAGAAGACGGUCUAUAGUGGAGAAAUAUAUGUGGAGCAGGAGGAUGCGGUCAUCUUCGAGGACAAUGAGGAGAUUACCCUCAUGGACUGGGGCAACGCGAUCGUGCGCUCAAAAGAGACCGGACCGAACGGCGUCAUCACGCAUAUCACGAUGGAUCUGCACUUAGAGGGCGAUUUCAAGAAGACCGAGAAGAAGAUCACGUGGCUCACCUCUCCGACAGCGGCCCACCCGUUGGUCAACGUCGUACUGAAGGACUACGACUACCUUAUUACGAAAAAGAAACUCGAGGAGGAGGACAAAGUGCAGGACUUUGUUACCCCCGUCACGGAGUUCAAGGUCGCUGCCUGGUCGGACGCGAACGUGCUCGAUCUCGCUAAAGGGGAUAUCAUCCAGUUCGAGCGGAAGGGGUACUAUAUUCUCGACAACAUCUCCGGCGCUAAGGGCGAGGAGACGCUCGAGUUCAUCCAUAUCCCUGACGGGAAAGCUGCGGGAGUAGCGAGUAAGGCGGAACAGCCCGUGGAGGAAGAGAAGCCUGCGAAGGCGAAGAAGCAGCCUAAGGGAACCCCACCCUGCACAACGGAUGCUGCGCGACCCAAAAAGGAGAAGAAAGCGGCGGCCGCCCCGGGGUCAGCGGCUCCCAUCGUUGACGGCGCCGCUGGGCCUGUGCCUGGGGCUGGGCAGCCCGACGACUUAAGAACCGUCAAGUCAGAUGGGGACAUCGGGUUCGACAUACAGGUACCGACGGGGAUGUUCGCUGUGAAGCCUAUAUACGGUGAAAAGGCUGUGCCGCUGCAACCGGGCAGCAACAUGUUCGAGGUCAAGCCCAUAUAUGAGCAUUGA